GAAGGAGGAAACAGCAGCAGAAAACAUGUGAGCGCUGUGAGCACUUAGAGACAACUUUUAUUUUCCUCAUGUUGUUUAGUUCCGAAGCUGCCGAGCCGGUUUGAAGGAGCCUCCUCUCUACUGGACAUUUCUUUAGGAUAAAUUUUAUUUUUCUUCUUUUUAUUUUACCUUUGUAAAUGUCAACCUAAAACAUUUAUUCUGAGGAAGGAGUUUGUUCAUUUAUUUCAGACAUUUAAAUCAAGAACAGUUUAAUUUAUUGAUAACAGUAUUUCUGCUGUUUGGAAAAAAAUUCAACCUGAUAAACUGUUUUGCUGGGGAGAAAUUUUAGGAGAAGAAGAAUUUUUUUUUUUCUUUAUUUUUUUUUUUUUUUUGAAAGCAUGAAGCAUUUGCAGUUCGUGCUGGUCCUGGCCAUCGCGGUGAACGUGUGGGAAUGUGGGGACGCAAAGUUCGGAGAGAGAGGCGAGCUGAGCCCCAGGAGGAGGCGAUGCUACGACGGCAGCCUGCCCAAGCGCCUCAAGAAGAGGGAGCGGAAGGUGCUGCUGGAUGGCAGCAGCGGGGAGAUCUGCCACAGGCUGUACCCACGCGUUUCCUGCUGUCCCACCAGGAGAGCCGCCUAUCAGAUCCUGCACCGCGGGGAUGCCCGGAUUUUCUCCACCAACAACACAGACUGCGGACAUCUCCUGGAGGAGAUCAAGUGUGCGCGCUGCUCCCCUAAUGCCCAGGUGCUGUUCCACUCCUUGGACAUGGAUCGGGUGCCACACAGAGAGCCGGACCUGCCGCGCUUCUGCCAGGACUUCUGCCGGGAGUUCUAUUACACCUGCAGGGGGCACAUACCAGAGCUGUUCCAAGCUGACGUGGAUGAGUUCUGCCAGUACUACGGGAGGAGAGGCGCCGGUUUAUGUUUUCCUGAUUAUCAACGGAGACAUCCCCUCGGGCAAGAUUCCAACUACCUGGAAGAUGAGAAGAUAGAAGAUCUCAGCAGGAAACACAAACACAACUGCUACUGCACUCAGGAGGUGUUGAGUGGUCUGAGGCAGCCGGUUGCCGUGGUGCACUGCGGCGAUGGCUCUCAGCGGCUUUUUGUUGUUGAGAGAGAAGGAUUGGUCAGGAUACUCAACCACAACCUUGAACUUAUGAAGGAGCCCUUCCUGGACCUCCACAAGAUGGUGCAGAGCGACCUGAAGAGUGGCGAUGAAAGGGGCCUGCUAAGCCUGGCAUUCCACCCCAAUUACAAGAAGAAUGGCAAGCUCUACGUCUCCUACACCACCAACCAAGAGCGCUGGGCCAUAGGACCACACGACCACAUUCUCAGAGUGGUCGAAUACACCGUUUCAAGGAAAAACCCAAACCAGGUGGACCCCAGGACCGUCCGUGUGCUAAUGGAAGUAGCCGAGCUGCACAGGAAGCACCUGGGAGGUCAGCUCCUGUUCUCUCCUGACGGUCUGCUGCACAUCAUUCUGGGAGAUGGUAUGAUCACUCUGGACGACAUGGAGGAAAUGGAUGGACUCAGCGAUUUCACCGGCUCCGUCCUCAGGGUAGAUGUGGACACAGACAUUUGUACGUCCCCCUACUCCAUACCACCCAACAAUCCGUACUUUAACAGCACCAACCAGCCACCGGAGAUCUUUGCACAUGGAUUACAUGACCCAGGCAGGUGUGCAGUGGAUCGCCUACAGACAGACAAUGGCAGCCUUGUUAUUCUCUGCACAGAUGCCAGCGGUAAAAACGCAUCAGCAGGAAGAAUAUUAGAAGUUACAAAGGGAAAGGAUUAUGAAAACGAGCCUUCAGUCUAUGACCUGCAGUCCAGUGGAGGGGCUCCACCUGUGGGGGGCUUCAUCUACAGGGGCUGUCAGUCGAGAAGACUCUAUGGCAGCUAUGUGUUUGGAGACAGAAAUGGGAACCUGCGGAUCCUUCAGAGGUCUCCGUUUGCCACAUCCCCAGAUGGUGAGCAGUGGCAGGAGAAGGCUCUGUGUUUGGGCUCGGUCUCCUGCGGCUCUGCCCUCGUUGGGCACGUCCUGGGUUUUGGAGAGGAUGAACUCGGGGAAGUCUACAUACUAGCUAGCAGUAAAAGAAUGGCGCAGUCACACAGUGGGAAGCUCUACAAGUUGGUUGACCCGAAAAGACCUCACAACCCCAAGGAGUGUCGGCGUCAGGUGGAGCCGCCAGAGCUGUUAAUGACAGCUUGUUCCAGAAACUGCAAGAACGGACAUUGUACUCCAACUGGCAGGUGCUGCUGCAGCCCUGGGUGGGAGGGGCCCUUCUGCCGGAUAGCUAAAUGUGAACCAGCCUGUCGCAACGGGGGGGUCUGUAUAGAGCCAAACCAGUGCCUGUGUAAAAGCGGCUACUCCGGCGCUCAGUGUGAGAAGAGUGAGCGGGGGAUGCCCAACGACCAGGAGAAAGACGGCAUACUGGACCACAUCAUCGACGUGACCUCAUACCUCUUGGACCUUACCAGCUACAUCGUAUAGGGGUGAGCAGAGGGGGGCCGCUCCCCGCCGCCACCCGCACCUUGACACAGAUCUACCUUUCACUGCCAGCAGACUCACACCAAGAUGUCACCAAGGUGGCUUUUUCAAACACAAUCCCAGAUCCACCCAGCAGACUGUGGGGUCCACUCCCAGCUUCCAGAACUCUCCCAUGUCUCACUAUAAGCUAUACGCUCUGAGCACCGGGCCUGGCAUCCAAGCCCCUUAACCUUGAAAUGGGCCUGCAGGCUUUUCUUCACCCGCCUCCACAGCUUCAAGGACUGAACCAAAACAAGACUCUGGGUCUGUUUUCAAGCCGUUUCAGGACUCUGGUAGGGAUUAAAAAUCGGCUCAAGAACCAGAUGCUUCUUCAGAAGAGGAAGGAAAAAAAAUCAUCCACAAACAGACACUGAAGGAACAGGAGUCGUUGGCCGCAUCGACCCUGCCGCGCGUCUGAUUGAAGAUCGUCGAUCAUCCAUGAUGUUCUAUUUAGUUAGUGGACACAUCGUCAUGACAACUAAAGCAGAACAGCCAAACACACAAAGAAGCGAACCAAGGGGAAGGUUGAGGAUGGAGAACGGCUCUCUGGCUUCACUGCCUGACCUUCAUGUUUCUACAUGAAUUUAAAGCUGUACCGAAGUCAGAGGCUGACUUCACUGAAUCACAGGCUGACUUCACUGUCACACACUGAAACUGAAACCCAAAACCUAAACUACAAAGGGAAGAAGCGAAGCAGCAAUGUAUAUUUCCAGUAGAGCGUACUACUUAGCAUUACUAUCACUCUCAUAGAGGAGGGUUUAUUUUUUAUGAGGGAGAAAGAAUACAGUGUCCUAGAAGGCAGUUCUACUCCAAACUCGUCAGGUCAUGUUCUACACAUAUAUUGCAGCUUUCAAAGAGACACGUAUGGAUUUUCUUUUGUUUUAUUUGGGGGGAGCGGGGGUCAGUGUAACCGUAAUGCAUGUCUGUGCCUGCAUAAAGAAGCUCACAACAGUUGGGGGGGACCAUGUAUUUCCACCGAUAUAUGAUUAUAUCACCACUGUCAAAAAUCCGUCGGUGUUGUGAGACGAUCAGAGAUGGCGUGGGGUUUCCGAGCCACACGCUCAGGGGCAGAUCUUAUCCAUAAAGAGCAGAUUUCAGAUUAAGCUGAGGGAAAAUAAUCCCCAUGAUUGAAACCUCUAACGAGCUGCAUGUGAGUCAAACACGGCUGGGAAUGUCGGGAGAGAUGUUGG